AUGGAAGAAUCUCUAGACGAGCGCGAGGCGAGCACCAGCGCUGGGUUUGAUUCCGCGGCCAUUUUGAAUGACGAUGUGUCACCGACCACAAGUUUCUGUUACAACAUACCUAAUCUUUUUAAUGGUCUAGGUCCUGGUUCUGUACUAUGUGACCGGCCAGAGACAGAGAGUAGCGAGUACACAGCCGCCGAGCACACGGAGGAUGCUGUAGAGACACAACAAUAUGAAGAUGACGAGGAAUAUUCACCGAGCUCCAAUUCCAAGAGCGAUGUUCCUAAACGUAAACAAAGAAGAUACAGAACAACGUUUUCUAAUAUACAACUAGAGCAGUUGGAGGCGGCAUUUCAUAAAACACAUUACCCUGAUGUGUUCUUCAGAGAAGAGCUCGCAAUGCGGAUAGAUCUGACUGAAGCAAGAGUACAGGUAAUGUUAAGUGAGGGCGCCACUGUCGCAUAUCUCGCACAAUUUACCGCCAGUUGUUACAAGGAAGGAAACUUAGAACUAGCGUAG